UCCGAUAUAUGGCUUAUAUGAAUCUCACGUCAUGGCCAACAAUCUAUUGUGUCAUGAUGUGAAAAGCACAGCAUAAAAAAUUCACACGUUUUUUUAUGACAAUUUUUUUUUUUUUGGGAAAAAUCAAUCGAUCGAAUUUGCCGGGCGUGAGCACUAAUAAAUCGUAAAAAUAAAAAAAAAUCAUACAAAACAAUUUCAUCAAUUUAAAAAAAAACCGCGCCUUUUUCAACAAUAAAAAACGUAUCAUAUUUGGUAAAUAAAACUUCCACCGAUUUAUCGGUUUCGACACAGUGUCGCAUAGUGUCGAUUCGAAUCGACAGCUGAUUGUCAAGCUGCAUUGAAUGGUUUGUUCGUUGCUCUGUGCGAGACUCAACUCUGAACGGUGUGUAAUUUUUUGCACCAUCCGCAUCUCGGUCGUUCAGCGUGUGUCGGAAGAAGACAGUAAAAUCUCUUUCCGUUCUCCUUCGAAUCCGUUGAUGUCGCAGCUGCGAGCGUUCGGUUCAUGUUCGUGUCUAAUGUUGCUUUACCUCAAACAUCGGUGUGUGUGUUUGUGUGUGUGUGUGUGAGAGAGAGAGAGAGAGACACACAGAGAGAGAGCGUGAGAGAUUUUGUGGUUCGUGUUUCAUUUUCAGUUUCGUUUCACUUCCAAUUCGUCUUCAACAUGGGCAUCAUACGAACAACAGUAACAGUAACAGCAGCAACAAAGUUAUGAUCUCGUGUAUUUGCCGCCGUGUUUGCCGUUCGCAUUGACAGUGUGUGUCUUUCAAUUGGACGUGAAUUGACGUGCCAAACUGCGAAAAAACUUUCGUGUUUUUCAAUCUCCCUAUCUCAACCAAAUCACUCACAAACUACACAAUUUUUUAUGUGCACCAACCGAUCGACGAACUAAUUUUUUUUACAUCAUUUACAUUUUACCAUAUGCACAUUCGCUGAACCGUUUUUCUUAAUCUCGAUGUAGUAUUUUUCAAUCGUUCACGCGAUUUUGUUCACAAAGUUUUUUUUUUGUCGUCGAUUCUAAAGAAAUUCGUGCCUUUUCCGUGUCGUUCAUUCAAUUGUUUUCAAUUCGUUCGAAAUCAUCAUCAAUUUUUUAUGUGUGUGGUACGAUAAACACCACGAUCUCAUCAUACUAAAUAACAAAAAAAAGGAAGAAAAAAAAAUUCGAAGCAUAAAAUCUAGUGUAUCAAUGGUAAUACCGUGAGAAAUAUGCGAUAAUUGUGCAUAGUGUAGAAAAUAUUCAGCAGAACAGAGAGAAAGAGCAGAGUUCGAAACAACAACAAAAAAUUAAACGGAACCACAAAGACGACAACGAUUCCGAGCUCGUAUUAAAUGACAUUAAUGCACAUUAAGUUGGUUUGGUUUAUGAUUUCAAAAACAUACGACAAACGGAUUGCGUGGAUUUUUGCUGCUGCUGCUGUAACAGUUAAUUAGAAAAUUUUGUGCGGCUAUUCGUUCCGUCUGCGCACGGUUAUGGAUCGUCUGGAUCGUUGUGCGAUCAUCAAAGCAGCAACGGCGCACGGAUUGCUGUGAGAUUUGUUGUGUAUGAUUCGGCUUAGUGCGACGGCAACGACACACAGUAAGAAACACACAGCGGCCCAGCCAACUACAACCGAUUGACGGACCAGUUUCAUUUUGCAUACAAAUUCAACAAGUCGUUCAGAGCUCAUUCGCCAAUUUUGAGCUGAUUUUUUUCCGCCGAACAAUUUUUUUUUCAUUGGUAACCGUUUCGUCGUCGAAUCGUCCAAUAUGCGAAAUUGCUGUGGUUGUGUCAAAAUGCAAACCGGAGUGAUGACCAUCGGCUCAAUUGGUAUGAUUGCAUCCAUAGUGGCGUUGGUGUGCCAAUUCCUGUUUAUGGCCUAUCAGAAAGUUAUUAUGAAAAAUCACGACGAUCAAGUGGGCAUCAAUUUAUUUACAUUCGUUCUGAUAAUGGGCAUUGUUGUCUGCUUUUUCAAGCUAAUUUCCGAUUGUUUGCUGAUUUACGGCGCGAGCAAGCAAACGACACGAGAAGUUGCCGUUUGGCUCGCCAUCAAUCUAUGUACAAUCAUUUAUGUGUUCAUCAUCAUGGUAUUCAUUUACGAUUUGCUGGCCAAUCACGAUUCAAUCGUAGAACAUAGGGAUAUACUCAGUUUCGAAGCAUUUUUGUUCAUUGUAAAUGCGUUCUACAUCUACAUGUGGUACCAGGUGUACAUCUUUUCGCGUCAAUUGGACUUGGAUGGACGAACUUCAUUGGAAGGAAUUCUACAAGAAGUAAACGCAACAAGACCAUAAGCAUCUGCACGGUGUGUGACUUGGAACUUCAAAGAAAAGUUCCGGCAAAGUUCGAUUUUCCUAUCUAAAUUUAUAAGAAUUUCCAAACUAUUAUGACCUUAUUUCGAAAUAUAAGAUGAAAAAAAUUUAGUUUUAGGUUUGUACGGGUUAAGCCUUAAGGAAAUUAUUCGUCGUUUUCGCAAAAAUUGUUUAAGUCGCUAACCAAAUAGUAAGUGUACAGCACGAGAUCGGUUAAAACAUUCGUUUUUUUUCUCCAUUGGUUUCAAUGUAGUACAAUAGUUUCGUGCCAAUAGAUAUAUUCAUAGAAGUGUCUAGACAAUUCCAAUCCAAUUCUCGCUUUGACCGGCCAAGUUUGAAUUUUUCCAUCAACACAUUUUGGGCCGUAAGCCAGUUGAAAACUUGGUAAUUUGAUUGUUCUAUUACAUUUUUAACAUCAAAUUUUCAAGACCUUUCCAACAGUGUAACGUACGGUUGGAUCAAAUGGCCAAGUAAAAUAGUCGAAUAUCGGUCAUUGAAACUGUGACAAUUUGAGCAUGAGCCGUCCAACUUGAUCAUCCGGACCUAGAAUUGAAUUGAAUUUAUCCAGAUACUUCUACAAAAAGUUGCAUUUGACAAAAAAUCCAGUAAUUUCAACAAAAACGAACAUUUUAACCGUUCCGUUUUCCUUUGUCCUGUACUAUAUACGUCGAAUGACUGUAUUUGUGCCUUAUUCAAUCGACUUACGCCAAAAAAAUUUAAAAUAAUAUCCAAAUAACGAAAUUCAAAAAGAAAUCCAACUGAAAAUAUCAAAGAAGAAGAGAGAAAAUUCUGUGAAAAAGAAAAAAAAAUCGUUGAAAAAAAUAAAAUCCUCGUUAAAAUGGAUAAAAAAAACGUUGUAAAAGAAGAAAUUUCUCGGAAUAAAAAGCAAGAUGUUUCAUCGAAAAUGAAAAA